UCUUAAAUCUUCAUCAGUUACAAACAAUUUCUUAUUUUCUCAAUUCUAUGUUUCACAAUGAGUUCAAAAUAUUUACCCAUCAAAUAUUCGGAACAUAAAAAUGUCACCACAAAGCGCCUACCAUGCAGCGCCGCCGCCGCCGUGCCGCGCGUGGUCAGGAUCUUCGUGACGGACGGCGACGCCACCGACUCCUCCGGCGACGAGUGCGACCACACAUCCGGCCGCCAGGUCCGCCGCCACAUCAACGAGAUUCGCCUGGAGAGGACCCACCACUGCGGCCACCAGGCGCCGCUCCGCCGCCGAGCCUCCGCCGGAGAAAACGCCGGCGUGAAGAAGAAAAACAAGCGGCCGCCGGCGCAACGGCCGGCUCCGGCGACGGCGGCGGAGAGUGGAGAGGGGAGGAAAUUCCGCGGCGUGCGGCGGCGGCCGUGGGGGAAAUGGUCGGCGGAGAUUCGGGAUCCGGCGCGGCGGGCGAGGGUUUGGCUGGGGACGUUCGGGACGGCGGAGGAGGCGGCGAUGGCGUACGACAAGGCGGCGAUCGAGAUACGCGGCCACAACGCCGUCACGAAUUUCACGAGAGCGCCGCCGGAGAGCACGGAAUAUUCCGGAAAUGUGGAAAUCAUAGGCGGCGGAAGGUCGCCGGUAUCGGUGCUGGGAUUGUACGGAAAUGAUGUGAAGAAUGAGUACGAGGUUUCGAUGGAGGAAUGCCUGGCGGUGGAUGAUGAUUACUAUGAUUCGUUGAUGGAGCAUUUCGAUUUCGAUGAUUUGCCGUUGAUAUGCGACGAUAUUAGUGUAUCUAAACUAGAAAUCGACGAUUUCGGAUCCUUAGCUUGGGAUUUUGGCUCCUUAAUUUGAAAAACAAAAUAUGUACCUCAAUUAAAAAAAAUAUGGA